AUGGUGGCAUGCUGGAGGAGUGCAGGGGGCGGUGAGGGCUGGCCUGGGCACAGGCUGCACCCCACAGCACUGAUGGCACCCCGCAGGGAGGUUCGCCGUGGCCACACUGCCGCACAGGUAUCACCACAGCUGAGUGUCAGUGAAAGAGCUGGUGACAGGCCCAACCAAGCCACCCUAGUAGAGCAAGUGAAACGAGCAAAAGAAAUUGAAGCUAUUGAAAGUGACUCCUUUGUUCCACAGACAUUCAGAUCAAGUAAAGAAGUCAAAAAGUCAACAGAACCUACUGAACUACAGUACGAACCUGUAACUAUCAGAGUGGGAACUGUUGAUACAUCUGCUCCUGAAAAAGAACCACCAUCUGCCAAUAUUCCUACUGCCAUCAAAUAUCAAGAUGAUAAUUCUUUAGCACAUCCAAAUCUGUUUAUCGAGAAGGCAGAAGCAGAAGAGAAGUGGUUUCAGAGGCUGAUUGCCCUCCGGCAAGAACGGCUGAUGGGCAGUCCAGUGGCCUGAGUGAACCACUGUGACCAUCGCAUACCAGCUCUCCAUGAGUACUAAAAAAUCCUACCAUUAAAUUGUUUUAUUUUUCUCUUUUGAGGGGAUUUUAAUACUCAGUAUGAGUUGUACAGAAAAUAAAUAUUUCAUCUGAAGACA